CCAAACAGGCCUUUCAGAUUAUAAUGUUUCGCAAUCCCUUCGAAGGACGAAAAGGCCCUUUCUUUAUUUUUCUCACGCCUUCUUUUAAUCCGUAACACUUUCUCCUUUUUCUUCUACAACCCAUGUAGUGUUCACAUUGUUUCUACCCAGGAAAUGACCACAACACAACGUUAACAUCCUCUUUUUCUUUCUCUUUCUUUUUCAUACACACUUCGUGAUACUCCUUUUUCAUGUUUAGGGACUCCGUUCUGGGCUUUGUUUGCUUCAAGCCUUGAACGGAGAGAAAACGAAAAAAAAAAAAAACAUGGGUUGCUUUCGUUGCGCAGGCAAACCAAGCAAAAAAUCCAACAACGUUAAUAGAACGCAGAAGCACAUUGCUGCCGUUGUCAAAAUUAAUUUGAAAGUGAAUGGUAAAAGUGAAGAUAAUCAUCGUAAGCCUGAUCAGCUAUCUCUGGACGUGAAGAAUUUGAAUCUACAAGAGGUUUCUGAUGAGGUAAACGUUAGAAGUUACCGAGCACAAACAUUUACUUUUGACGAGCUUGCAGCUGCAACAAGGAAAUUUAGGUCAGAUUGCUUUCUGGGCGAAGGAGGGUUUGGCAAGGUUUACAAGGGGUGCAUAGAGAAAAUAAAUCAGGUUGUGGCAGUAAAGCAACUAGACCCUUACGGGCAUCAAGGAAUUAGGGAAUUUGUUGUUGAAGUAUUGACUUUGAGUUUGGCAGAUCACCCUAAUUUGGUAAAGUUAAUUGGGUUUUGUGCUGAGGGAGAGCAGAGGCUAUUGGUUUAUGAGUACAUGCCAUUGGGAUCUUUGGAGAACCGUUUGCACGAUCUUCCACGUAGCAGAAAAGCACUUGAUUGGAACGCGAGAAUAAAAAUUGCAGCUGGUGCAGCUAGAGGGUUAGAGUAUUUGCAUGAUAAAAUGAAGCCUCCUGUCAUAUACCGUGACUUGAAGUGCUCAAAUAUUUUAUUAGGUGAGGAUUAUCAUCCCAAGUUAUCAGAUUUUGGGUUGGCAAAAGUAGGACCAAGUGGUGAUAACACCCACGUUUCAACAAGAGUUAUGGGAACAUAUGGGUACUGUGCACCAGAUUAUGCAAUGACGGGUCAAUUGACGUUCAAGUCUGACAUUUAUAGCUUCGGAGUUGUUCUUUUGGAGAUCAUCACAGGCAGAAAGGCCAUUGACAACACGAAACCUGCUAAAGAACAAAAUCUAGUUGCAUGGGCAAGACCUUUGUUCAAAGACAGAAAAAGAUUCUGUGAGAUGGUUGACCCAUUGCUUCAAGGUCAGUAUCCAGUAAGAGGUUUGUACCAAGUUCUUGCUAUUGCUGCCAUGUGUGUUCAAGAACAACCUAGUAUGCGACCUGUCAUAGCUGAUGUGGUUACAGCUCUAAAUUACCUUGAAUGCCAGAAGUACGAUCCCCAAUUUCAUCUAAUUCAAAGCUCUAGAACUGGUUACUAUUCUUCAAGACCAACCCACCAAAAUCUUAGAUCAACUCUUAGCUAUGGCUCUGAGCCAAGACCGAGCACAGGUGGUCAUAAACUACUUGUUAGUGAUAGUGGUUCGGAGUCAGAAAUCUAUGUAAAAGGUCUAUCUUCUCCAAGAACACGAAGUGACGGUCAUCAACAUUUUUAUACCAAUAAUGAUUCCGAGACUGACAGUUCUGCAGAUUAGAAAAGUGCUGCGUCUUGGGACAUUCAUACCGUAAAAUGCUUAGCUAUCAAAUAACAAAAGUUAUUUGCUUUUGGCUCCUCUGCUGUAUAUUUGAGCUGCUUUUCUUGUCUCAACAUGGAUUCCUCUUCUAGAGAUUUGUAGUUGAUCCGUAUGUUAGAAUUUCUCCUCUGCUACAAUAAUAUACUUUUUUUUUUUAAUGAAAAAGUAUAACU